AGUGAAGAACCAACUUCGAUUUCAUCGAAACAACACCACACACAUUUGCAUAUUUUGUAUUCCGUAAUAUAUAAGAAUGUAUAUAUAUAUACAUACAACUCUCUUUCUCUCUCUCACUUCUGUUCUGUCCUAACCCUUCUCUUGAAAAAACCUCGCAGAUAGUCCCGAGGAAAGCCGAGCCUCGGCGAAGAGUUUCAACUCGCUCAACUUUCAGGCACCACAAAGAUUCUAUUAUUCUUAUUUGGUAAAAGUUAACGUACUGGAAAAUGGCAGCAACUGCAACUCCUGCCAUGCACAUAACAACAAAUCCCUGCAUUUAUUCUUCUCGUGAAGUUUAUAAGUCAGGCAAUGCAAUUUUUAGUACCAAUAGUAAAAAGGCAUCUUGGAUGAGGCUUGCAAGCACUUCUCGCAUAUCAUCAACGCAGCCAUUUUUCCAGAGUUUCAUGUCCACUGCUGUAAAACUUGAAAAAGUUGUUACAAAAGCAUUAUCUGAAUCAAGUGACAGCAAACCUGUCUCCGGAUUGCCAAUUGAUUUGAGAGGUAAAAGGGCAUUUAUUGCUGGUAUAGCUGAUGAUAAUGGAUAUGGAUGGGCGAUAGCAAAAUCUCUUGCUGCUGCAGGUGCUGAGAUUCUCGUUGGUACAUGGGUGCCUGCACUGAACAUUUUUGAGACCAGUUUACGACGUGGGAAAUUUGAUGAAUCACGCAUGUUGCCAGAUGGUUCUUUGAUGGAGAUUACAAAAGUGUAUCCACUGGAUGCAGUUUAUGACUGUCCUGAGGAUGUACCUGAAGAUGUAAAAACAAACAAACGCUAUUCAGGGUCAUCAAAUUGGACUGUUCAGGAAGUUGUCGAAUCUGUGAAACAGGACUUUGGCAGCAUUGACAUCCUUGUGCACUCACUUGCCAAUGGACCAGAGGUCAGUAAACCUCUGUUGGAGACAUCAAGAUACGGAUAUCUUACCGCUGUGUCUGCAUCUAGUUAUUCCUUCAUUUCUUUACUCAGGCAUUUCAUUCCAAUAAUGAAUCCAGGUGGUGCUUCAAUUUCUCUGACAUACAUUGCUUCUGAAAGGAUCAUUCCAGGAUAUGGUGGAGGAAUGAGUUCAGCAAAGGCUGCUCUAGAGAGUGACACAAGAGUGCUGGCUUUUGAAGCUGGAAGAAAACACAAAAUCAGAGUCAACACAAUAUCUGCAGGUCCACUAAGAAGUCGUGCUGCAAAAGCUAUUGGUUUUAUUGAUAUGAUGAUUGACUACUCACUGGAAAAUGCACCCUUGCAGAAAGAACUAUCUGCAGAGGAGGUGGGGAACAUUGCUGCCUUCCUUGCAUCGCCAUUGGCUUCUGCAAUUACCGGUGCUGUUGUGUAUGUGGACAAUGGUCUGAAUGCAAUGGGAGUGGGGGUCGACAGCCCAGUAUUUUCAGAUCUUGACAUUCCAAAGAACCACUAGAAAGGUAGUGAUACAAGUUUUGUGUCAAAUGGCUUCUAUUGCAAAAAAAAACAAAUGUAGUCUUCACCCCUUUAUCAUAUCAUUGACUGUAUUGUUGAGAAUAGCUGCAUCGGCAUUCCAAUUUGUUGCGACGGCAGUCUGCUUAUUCUUGUAAGAAUAAUAUGGAUAAUUUGCCUUUAUGUGUGUCUAAUAAUAGUGUUUGUUAUCUA